GGGGCCAACAAGUGCUGUGGAGGAUACAAAGAGGCUGAGGCUGGCGUCACCUUCCGUUGCUAAGGGGAAUCAGAACUCCCCGGACCAACUGAGGAUCGAUUCAGAACGGCUGACACUUAAUGAUGCCAUUCGUCAGAUGGACCUUUUGAAGACAGAUAGCAUAUGAAUUUAACGGCAUAUUUUCCAGUUAAUACACAGGAAAGACUGGCAUACAAGUGACUAUUUUGUCUUGAACCUCUGCUCUUGGAACAUCAAGGAUGGAUUAUCCCAAAAUGGAUUAUUUUCUGGAUGUCGAGUCUGCUCAUAGACUCCUGGAUGUCGAGUCUGCUCAUCGAUUCUUCUAUAGUCAAGGAGCUCAAGCUCGCCGGGCGACCCUGCUCCUGCCUCCCACAUUAAUGGCGGCAUCUUCGGAGGAUGAUAUAGACCGGCGGCCCAUCAGAAGAGUCCGCUCCAAGAGCGACACGCCGUACCUCGCCGAAGCCAGGAUCUCCUUCAACCUAGGGGCGGCCGAGGAAGUGGAGAGACUGGCGGCCAUGCGUUCUGACUCCCUUGUCCCCGGAACCCACACCCCACCCAUCCGGAGGAGAAGUAAGUUUGCCAACCUGGGGAGGAUUUUCAAGCCUUGGAAGUGGAGGAAGAAGAAAAGUGAAAAGUUCAAACACACAUCUGCAGCCCUGGAAAGGAAAAUAUCCAUGAGGCAAAGCAGAGAGGAGCUGAUCAAGCGAGGGGUCCUGAAGGAGAUCUAUGAUAAAGACGGGGAGCUUUCCAUAUCGAAUGAGGAGGAUUCGCUGGAAAACGGACAGUCCCUGAGCUCCAGCCAGCUGUCUCUGCCUGCCCUGUCCGAAAUGGAGCCAGUCCCGAUGCCCAGGGACCCCUGCUCAUACGAGGUGCUCCAACCUUCAGACAUCAUGGAUGGGACAGUGUCUGAAGAGAGUCCCUCUGCCAAUGAGUCUGGAGCCCUCCUGUCCCAAGAUCCUUCAGCCAAACCAGUGCUGCUACUGCCCCCCAAAAAACCUGCUGCUUUCUCUGGAGACCAUGAGGACACCCCAGUGAAGCAGCUGUCCCUUCUCAAGCAGCCCCCCGCCCUGCCUCCCAAACCCAGUGCCAGGAUUGCCAACCACGUAACAGAUCCUGGCGCCCCUGUGAAAUUGCCUUGUCUGCCAGUGAAACUGUCCCCUCCGCUACCUCCAAAGAAAGUCAUGAUCUGUAUGCCUGUAGGGGGGCCAGACCUCUCCCUGGCGUCCUACGCGGCCCAGAAGAGCGGCCAGCAGAGCGGGGCCCAGCACCACCACACGGUCCUGCCAUCCCAGAUCCAGCACCAGCUGCAGUACGGCAGCCUCGGCCAGCACCUGCCCUCCGCCACUGGCUCCCUCCCCAUGCACCCCUCCGGCUGCAGGAUGAUAGAGGAGCUGAACAAAACGCUGGCCAUGACCAUGCAGAGGCUGGAAAGCUCUGAGCAGCGGGUCCCCUGUUCCACCUCUUACCACAGCUCUGGUUUGCACCCUGGGGAUGGUGUCACAAAAGCAGGACCUCUGGGACUCCCAGAAAUAAGACAAGUGCCGACUGUCGUGAUUGAAUGUGAUGACAAUAAAGAAAAUGUGCCUCAUGAAUCAGACUACGAAGAUUCACCCUGCCUCUACACAAGAGAGGAGGAGGAGGAGGAGGAGGAAGAGGAGGACAGCUCGCUGUACACCACCUCCCUGGCCAUGAAGGUGUGCAGGAAGGAUUCCUUAGCCAUCAAACUCAGCAAUAGGCCCUCCAAGCGGGAGCUGGAAGAAAAGAACAUCCUUCCCAGGCAGACGGACGAAGAGAGGCUGGAGCUGAGGCAGCAGAUCGGCAGCAAGCUCACCAGGCGGCUGAGCCAGAGGCCGACUGCGGAGGAACUGGAGCAGAGGAAUAUUCUGAAACCCCGGAAUGAACAGGAGGAACAAGAGGAGAAAAGAGAAAUCAAGAGGAGGUUAACUCGAAAGCUCAGCCAAAGACCCACAGUGGAAGAACUUAGAGAGAGGAAGAUCCUCAUCCGUUUCAGUGAUUACGUGGAGGUGGCCGAUGCUCAGGACUAUGACCGCAGGGCCGACAAGCCGUGGACCCGCCUCACCGCUGCCGACAAAGCUGCCAUUCGAAAGGAGCUCAAUGAAUUUAAAAGCACUGAAAUGGAAGUUCAUGAAUUGAGUAGACAUUUAACAAGGUUUCACCGACCUUAACAGUCAAAUUCCUCUUGAGUGCUAUGCUGUCUUUAAAACAUAAAUUUAUAAGAACCAUAAGUGCUGGUAUUUAUUCACUUCCCCAUUAUGAUGUAAAUCUUCUGAACUGCCUUUUUUUAAAAAGAAGAAGAGAAAUCAAAGGAAACCCGAUCAGGAUUCUCUUUGAGCAAACGCAAUGGUCGGUCCCGCUCGACGGUCUGCCGCCACCCCCGAGGACCCGAAGGCACCAGUGGGCCGGACCGGAGACCUCCCGGCGCUCAGAGCGGCCCUGGUCCUCUCCUGCAGGCCUGGCGGGCACCGUGUUCAUUUAGGCGCCAGCAAACCUCUUUCCCUGAAGUGUCGGUCACCUGGGUCCAAAGAAGGCGGUGGGUUCGGCCUGGAAUUGACGGUGCGGAUGGUCUGCUUGACUUUCUAGACGUGGCCAGACUCACUGGCUGCCAGCACGGCAUCUGGCUUGGGGGCCUCUUGGGAGGAGGCUGCUGAGAAGGGAGCACUGUUCUCAGUCACCCCAGUCCUUUCUCUCCCUUCAGCCGUCAUCCAUACAGUGAACAGAGGGGAAGUUGCUUUUCUGGGGGAGUCUGUGGUUGACUGUCGGUCUCGAGAGUGUGUGGCUGCAGGUGUGGGAGGCCGGUGCGGAGCGCCCAGCCUGUCCCCUUGCGCUGAGCCGAGCGGUCUCCCUGGAGCCCCGGUGUGCCAGGGGGAAGUUGUCAUCUGCUCAGUUCAAAUCAGUCGACCGGUCAGUGUAAAAGCAGCCAGAUGUCAUGGGCGGGCUUCUGCACCCAGCCACUGCUGGGGGACGUCCGUGUGUUGGUGCAUCCGCGUGUAAGGACCCUGUUGAGGACAGAGAGGCUGGGGUAAGAAACCGCUUGGCUGAUAUUCCUCACUUUCAUUUUCUCCGCGCACCCCAGGCCACUGACUGUACGGGCUGGAAGUCCGAAGCUUCUGAGUGUAGGACCAAUGCAUGCAAGCCCAAGAGCAGUCCCGAGAGCCUGGCUCGCCAGUCUCUGACAGACUGGGGCUCCAGAACCACCUGAUGGCCUUCUAGACUUUUGCGCUGAAGAGUCGCCGUGCGGGGGAGGAGGCCUCAGGGUUUGGCGUAUGCCAGCACGGCGCAAACACCAGCGCCCUGCCCGUGCUCUUCCUUCCCGCUCCUGCCCAUCUGGAGAGACUCCUUCCUCUCCCUCGUGGUGCUGGCAGGGCAGAUCGGGGGUGUCUCUCUAGCUGUCCUGUUCACUUGGGACCGCAGAAAGGCAGUGCCUUUCUGACGGGGGGCGGGGGGGUGUGAGGGGAGGAGGGAGUGGGAGGACAGCCCCCAGACCCUAAUGACGGUCUCCACGAGGCCCGCCGAGGCCGCUUCUGGUUUCCCGCCUGACAGACCCCCGCAGGGCCCCCCGUCGUGCUCUCCCAGGUACCGGGAUUUCUCUCGCCUAAUGGCUCGCUCUCCUCCACAUGUGCCCAGGAGUCAGAAGGAUCCCAGACUGGCCUUCCCAAAGCGUGUGGAAAGCAAGUUACUUUUGAGAUGCACGCCCAUCGACAAGGCCAUGUAACGUUACCCAGGCGUUAACAGCCCCUCUGGGCGGCGCUAGCCCAGGAGCGGGGCCGGGUCUGGGGGGAGCGCAGGGCCAUUCUUCGGGCCGUGCCCACUAGCCGCUGCAAAGCUGUCGUGCGCUUUUCCUGAACCACGGGGAGUGAGCGCGCCGCUGCCCGGCCCGAGGAGGGGCCGUCACUAGAUCCUUUGAUCUUCGAAUGUGGAAUCUGAUGGCUAACUGCCGUUGGGACGGUAUCGUUCAGGGAAAACGUGGUCGAGACUUCAGUGUGGCUGUAGAGACAGCCUUCCCGAAAGGCUUACUGACGUUUGAAUGUGCAAAUGGUAUGACGAGAGAUGUACGGCUCUUUCGUUUAACUUCUUGGCAGUGGGUAUGUGCCCCAGGCCAAGGUGCCGGCCUUGAUUUGAGUCUGAGCUUCCUGUAACUCACAGCAGGCUUCACGUGGCUCCCAGGGCCCUGACAUGAUGGGCAGGCCUGCCCCCCGGCCCAGGAGCGAGUCCUAAGGGAACUCAUUCCACUGCCUGGGCUCCUCCCUCGAGGGCCAACGGCUUCCUUGCUGCCUCUGGGUUCGGGGCCUCUGACUCCCUGGGAGCGGGACGCCCAGGUCAGUGUCCCUGCAGCCAUCCAGCAGCCCAGGUUCCCUGCCCAAAGUGCCCUCUGCUUGCAGUCUGCGUGGAGCCGGGGAGAGGCUGAACACAACUCAGCCCCCGUCCCCGCAGAGCACCCUCCGUGAGAAGUCAGCUGCAGGAAUCGGGGGCCCACCCUCCCUGCUACUGACCUCUCAGCCGCCGACGAGCUGGGCUGUGACUUCAAGCCCAGCUCCAGGGCUCAGCAACCUCCACGGACCGCAGGGCGGGCCCUCUGCCGUCGCCUUCCUGCCGUGAAAGCCCGAGGUCUUUCUAGAAAUCUAUCCAAAUUUCAUUUUUGGCCAUACUGUUAGGACAACUGGAAGAUGUGUUACUUUCUAAGAUGACAAAUUGACAAUUACAAAAAAAGAGAGAGCUGGGCUAGGUGGUUUAAAAUGCAUCCCUUUUCUGAAAAAGCUGCGAUUCUCAAAGGUCUUGUACGCACAGAUUUCCAGUUGGGCCUCCUGUCCUUUGGGUUAGUGUGAGGACGAGUGUGAAGUUUCUUGGGACCAGACAUUGCCGCCACCUCCAGCGACACAAGGGACUCCUGUCGGCCUCUUUGCUCCUCCAAAAUUGCUGAGCAAUUCCUCUCCAAAGGCCCUCCAAGCCCUGUAAAACUUUUAAAACUUUAGCCUUUAUGUCCAAUUAGAGAAACCAAACAGCGUGAUGGUAGAUGUGAUAAAAACAAAAAACCACAAACCUGAGUUUAUUUUUCUCCCGCUUAUGAACGUGUAUUUCUAUUUGCCGAAUGAAUAUUGUGGUGUGUGCUUCGAUGAAUGGGAUUUCAGGCUCUCCCCACGCACAGCCGGUGGGUGAAGGUCACCUCCGAUGACUUUUUCUUCCCAUCUGUCAACCCCCAAACCAGUUGCUUUUUCCAGUUGCUUCCCGGGUGUCUGUACAUAGUUUGUCUUUGUAAAGGAGUGCGCUCCUGUGUUCUAAUUUAACAGAUGAUGGCUGUGUGAGGAAGACGAUGUAAAUAGAAUACAAAUUAAACUGGA